AUGGUCGAUGCUAUUGAAACAUGUAGUGCGGCAUCGUACGUGCUAACUAAAAUUCCUUUAAUAACAAAGAAAGUGUUCAGUUAUUUGCCAGCAAAGUCUCUAAAUUCCUGUGCAAGAGUUUGCAAAUCUUGGCGACAGGCUUCACAGCAAGUAAAAAAACAACGGCAGAGGUUAGGCUGGAAUUCAUAUGUAUGUCAUGACGAAGAAAAUGAAGAAUUGUUGGCUUCAGAAAUCAAGGGAUUGUUACAAGAUAUUUGGUGUGAACCGGCUUUUUUCAUUGGUUUCUGUUCAACAUCGCUGUUUGAAGAACCCAUCAAAGUUCCCAGCACCCACAUGACACGUUUCCAUCGCAUGGCGAAAUGUAUGCGUAUCGAUAUUGGCAGUUUCUUGAAACAAAUGCUUCCACAUUUGUGCAACUUCUUAUCAGUUUCAGCUGAUGGCAUUAUUGGAACGAAUGCGCAGGCAACUCACUCACAUGAGAUAGAAGGUAAAAAAUCGCUGUCAUAUUUGCUUAUACCAAAACUGGAUGGUUUGGACAUUGACACUUUCACAAUUGACAUCCACACUUAUGCCACAAAUGUUGACAAUCCUUUUGAACCGGGUAGCGGCCUACAGUUCAGCAGCAUUCCAGAAGACAAAGAUGUCAAAGCCAUUUUGUUCUUUUGCAAUGAACCAUUUUGUCCACCAGAAAUUGGUUACACAUUAAUGCAAAACUAUCACAAUUCAGUUGUGGCUGGCGGUCACAUUGACAAUCUGAUUUGCCCACAAAACUGUAUUAAUGAUCCAACAGGGCUUUCGGAUCCCUCAUUGCAGUGUAUCGCAUUCAGUGGUCCCCGGUUGAAAGUGGCAUCAAUCAUCAUUGAGGAACAUGUGAACAACAGAAAAGAAGUCGAAGCCACCAUACGACAAUUAAAAAAUUGCAAGCUUUCUGAAGAACAGAGCUUUGCAUUCAUGUUUGCUUGCAUUGGACGAGGUUCAACUCACUAUGGCAUCUCCAAUGUGGAAGCUGAUGUCUUUAGAAAAUUCUUCCCCAAGACACCAUUGCUUGGCUUUUUUGGAAACGGUGAAGUUGGUUUCACCUACCUCCCCAAAGAUGGAGAACCCCCAGUACACAGUAUGCCUAAUAGCGAACGGAUGUUACCCAAGUUAUACCAUGCAUAUACAACAAUCAUAUGUCUGUUGUCAGUUGUUUGA